CUUCGUUGUUCUGCUGCUCCCAGGGAAUGUGGGUAGGUCGAGCUAUCGGAUUGGGCAGAUUAGAGUCACAAGACCGAAGGGAAAAUAAACUGUACAUCUGUACUAGACAAUCUGAGUCUGCGCUUCGGGGAAAAUGAGUGAAACAUUAGUCGUAUGUGAAGUUGACAAGGAUUUGGUCAAAAGGUUAAAGGCUUUCCGAUUCCGGAAAGCAACCAACAAUGCUGCGAUUAUCAUGAAAAUUGACAUGGAUAAUCACCUUGUGGUCCUUGAUGAGGAACAUGAGGAUAUAUCUCCUGAUGAUCUGAGAGAUGAAUUGCCUGAAUGUCAACCAAGAUUUGUGGUCUACAGUUAUAAGUACCAUCAUGAUGACGGGCGUGUUUCCUAUCCGCUCUGCUUCAUCUUUUCUAGCCCACAGGGGUGCACACCUAAGAUGCAGAUGAUGUAUGCUGGCAGUAAGAACAAGCUUGUGCGAACCACGGAAAUGUGCAAGGUGUUUGAAGUGAGGAAUACAGAGGACCUGACUGAGGAAUGGCUUCGGGGGAAACUGGGAUGCUUCCAUUAGGCACCUCUUGUCUAACUGGAUGAAGAUGUCAGGGAGUUGACCAAGACCGCAUGUGAUGUUAAUUAUGGGAGAAAAUGCGAUGGUCCCUGUCUGCCUGUGUCUUUUCCAUUGUCUGUUUCUGACCAAGGCUGCCCCACCCCAUGUGAUAUCUUUCCACGAAGUUUGUUUGUACUCGGAAAAGAGAAAAGAAAAGAAAAGAAAAAAAAAUGAAGCUUUUCUUUUUCUUGAUAAAAAAAAAACAAAAAAAAAAACAUUUUUCACACUGUCCACUAAAUUCCACAGUUGUGUGUUGGGAAUCCGACUGAGACAUUCCAAGUAUUUUCUUUUUGUCUUCCAAUCGCCUAUUUAGAUGUAACUAACAAAUGUGUUUAAAUUACAAUUUCCACAACAUUUGUGCUUUACUUUAUCUUAACUUUUGGUGUUUUUGACAAGCCAACCUCACAGGUGGGUUUCUCUCCUCAGUACACUACAUGAUGUCAAAGUACUUUUUUUCCCCAAAUUGUGACAAAAACAAAACAAUAUAUAGUGUCAGCAAAUGUUCCAUGUUCAGGUACAAGCUUCAUUAUGAAUAAAAUCUCAGAGACAAGCUUCAUUAUGAAUAAAAUCCCAGAUACAAGCUACAUUAUGAAUAAAAUGUUAUUUGGUCAAAGCCUUGGGAGGAAAGUGCAGCUAACAUUCCCAUUUUGCCAAUUCCCUGAAUUCUUUUUGGUUUCACAGUUUUGUGUUGCCUGAUAUUUUUAAAUGUAUUUUGAUAUUUGAGUGGGCUUGGGCAUGAGCCCGUUCUGAUUGGGAUCAGCAGAAAAUGGGGUUUACAAAAAGGAUCCAAAGCUGUAAUGAAAUGACAAUGUAUGCACAUGCUUACUGGAAAUAGAUUUUGUAUAAUUGGCAUUCGAUUUUAUGUAAUUGACAUUACUCUUCCAGAGAUUGUUCAGCUAAUUAAAUGUUCAUUGACACAGAAUCCAGUACCCUUGACAUUUGGUUAAAAACAAAUAUAUAUCUUUAAUAGCAGACUGUGAUUGAUAUGGAACUUUUAUUGUACUCUGUCCUUUGAUUGGAAACAAUGUAUAAAUAAACAAUAUUUGUCACACUA